AUGGACUUACAGAUUCGAAGCCAGAGCAAAGCAUCGGGCUCUGGCCUGUGUGAGGGGGAUGAAGUGGUGUCUAUCAAUGGCAACCCUUGUGCAGACCUUACCUACCCAGAAGUCAUCAAGCUCAUGGAGAGCAUAACGGACUCUCUCCACUUGCUUAUUAAAAGACCAUGUAGUGGCACAAGUGAGACUUUGGGCUCUGAAACAGAAAAUGUAAACCAUCAAGAUCUUCCACAUGAGGGGCCCAUGGAAACUACCACGCUGCAGAUUCUUCCAGCCACAAAGACCCAGAGCAAAGACCUCUUUCUUGCUCCAGUCCAAAGUAGAGUUCCCCUAACCAAGGACCAAGGAAAUGAUUGGGGUUAUGCGGAAUGUACAACAGGAGAGAAAAUUCCCCAGAUGCUUGGCUCCCAAGAACAACACUUGGUAGAAGAGGUCAUCCUAAGGGAAAAGACAGAAGCAGGCCAGCCAGGUCGUGUGGUUGAGCUACAGCUGUCCCUCUCAAAGGACAGACAUCAAUACACUAGUGGCCCUAUAGUAGCUCUCCAGGGAAAUGAAAAAUCCGAGUCUCCUGACCCAGACCGGAGUUCACAACACGAAAGGAUUGUCCACAUAAAUUCGAUCUCUGCUCCUGGGGAAGCAGGCACUUCUCAGCCGUCCAGCACAACAAUCCAGACCUCCAGUGGCCGGGAGUUGAGAGUGAUCCAAGGAAGAGAAGCAGGAGGCACAGGGCUACCCCAGGUGGAAGUGAUUCUUGAGUGCUCUGACAGGCAGAAGGCAGAAGAGUGCAGGCUGCAGGCAGGAAAGGGGUGUGUGGCUUCUGGGGUGGAAGGAGGGCGGUCAGAAGCACCUCCUUCUCUGGUCUCCUUUGCGGUCUCACCAGAAGGCACCGAGCACGGGGAAGACCAGCGCUCAGAGAAGGAUCACAGCAGACCACACAAGCACAGGGCACGACAUGCUCGGCUCAGGAGGAGUGAGAGUCUGUCUGAAAAACAAGUGAAAGAAGCUAAGUCUAAAUGCAAAAGCAUCGCUCUCCUUCUAACGGAUGCUCCCAACCCCAACUCCAAGGGGGUGUUGAUGUUUAAGAAGCGGAGGCGGAGGGCCCGGAAGUACACCCUAGUCAGUUACGGUACUGGCGAGCUUGAACGAGAGGAGGAGGCGGAGGACCAGGAAGAAGGUGAGAAGGACGAGAUAAGUGAAGUCGCAUUUCUUGGAACGAGCGAGUCAGAAGUGGAUGAGGAGUUACUGUCCGACAUUGACGACAACGCACAAGUUGUGAACUUUGAUUGGGAUUCUGGACUGGUGGACAUUGAAAAGAAACUGAACCGAGGGGACAAGAUGGAGAUGCUGCCAGACACCACAGGCAAGGGAGCGCUCAUGUUUGCUAAGAGGAGAGAGAGGAUGGAACAGUUCACAGCCCAAAAUGAAGAGGAGAAAACGGGUGCCGUGCCAGGCAGAGGACCACCAGAUGGGCUGCAGACGGAUACUCUGAGAACCGUGACUUCUUAUCAAAGGCAGGAAGAGGAAUCAGUGAGAAUGCAGAGCUCUGUGAGUGAAAGCUCCAUCCAGAUGGGGCAUAGUCUUGGCAACAUGCCACAACAGAAUGGCUUCAGUGGAGUGGCUGAGACAGCAGGGGCCCAGAGGGUGAUCCCUAUGAAUAGAACCGCCAAGCCCUUCCUGGGAACUUUGAACCAGACAGCAGCCCCCUUCUCCCCAACGCGGAGUGUGACAAGUCCCAUCUCCGACUUCCCUGCUCCGCCACCUUACUCCGCCGUCUCACCUCCACCUGAAGCCUUCUCCAGAGGGGUCUCAAGUCCAAUCACUGGCCCCGCACAGCCCCCUCCAUGGCCCCAGCCUGCUCCAUGGUCACAACCAGCCUUCUAUGAUUCAUCUGAGCAAAUAGCUUCCCGAGAUGAGAGGAUCGCAGUGCCAGCGAAAAGAACGGGAAUACUGCAGGAAGCCAAAAGACGAGGCACAACAAAACCCAUGUUUACGUUUAAAGAAACCAAAGUGAGCCCCAACCCUGAGCUCCUGUCACUUCUUCAAAAUACAGAAGGUAAGCGAGGCACUGGAGCUGGAGGGGAUUCUGGGCCUGAAGAAGACUACCUCAGCUUAGGCGCAGAGGCUUGUAACUUCAUGCAAAGUUCUGCCAAACAGAAGACCCCACCUCCCGUUGCUCCAAAGCCUGCGGUCAAGUCCUCCUCCUCCCAACCAGUAACCCCAGUUUCUCCAGUCUGGUCUCCAGGAGUGGCCCCAGCCCAGCGCCCUGCCUUCUCUACACCCAGUCUACCGAACCCACCGCAGGUCACAGCUGUGUCGUCCAUCAAAAUAGCUCAGCCUUCCUGCCCUCCUGGCCGGCCUGCGAGCGCACUGAACCUGGCUGGUCCCUUCAAAGGGCCCCAAGCAGCAGUAGUCAGUCAUAACUACACACCCAAGCUAUCAGCACCCACACAAGUGAAUGCGGCUCCUGCUGGUGCCGGAGGACCAUCCAAUGAGCUUCCUGGAAUGAGUGGGAAAGGAGCCCAGCUCUUCGCUAAAAGGCAGUCUAGGAUGGAGAAGUACGUGGUGGAUUCCGACACAGUCCAGGCCCACACAGCUCGGGCCCAGUCUCCCACUCCAUCCCUGCCCGCCAGUUGGAAGUACUCCUCUAAUGUUCGAGCACCCCCUCCUGUGGCCUACAAUCCUAUCCAUUCCCCCUCAUACCCACUGGCUGCUAUCAAGUCUCAGCCACCGGCUGCGCAGGCUUCCAAAACGAGCAAGAAAAAGGGCAAGAAGCCUCUUAACACAUUGGAUGUCAUGAAGCACCAACCGUAUCAGCUCAACUCAUCUUUGUUUACCUUUCAACCUCCCGAUUCGAAGGAUGGCCUCCCUCAAAAGUCAACGGUCAAGGUCAGUUCAGCCCUGGCCAUGAAGCAAGCCCUUCCUCCCCGACAGGUGAAUGUUGGCUCUCCCACCAAUGCGCAGGCUUCGUCUGUGUACUCGGUACCGGCCUAUACCUCUCAGCCCUCCUUCUUCGCCGAGGCCACCUCACCUGUCAGUGCAUCCCCAGUGCCUGUGAGUGUUCCCAGCUCUCCAAAGCAAGAAUCAGCUUCCUCGUCGUAUUUUGUGGCACCAAGGCCGAAGUUCUCAGCCAAGAAAAGUGGUGUCACAGUACAGGAGAGUGGGCGCUCCCUUUCUCUUCCUGGAAAAUCAGCCCUACCCAUCAUUUCUGCAUGUACUUGGCAGUACCAGCCGGCUCACAGUUAUUCUGGCAAGCCGACCCUCAGGCUGGAGAAAGCUAACAAGAGACCAACACCUUGGGAAGCAGCAGCCAGGUCUCCCCUUGGUCUAGUGGAUGACGCCUUCAGACCCCGGAGCAUCCAGGAAUCUAUUGUGGCGAACGUAGUCUCCGCAGCUCAGAGGAAGGCGCUUACAGCGUCCCAAGAGGACUGGAAAGAGAGACUGUCCUUUGCCCCCCAAACUCAGAAGACCAAAAUGAGCUUCUCUGAAAGACAAGAGUAUAAUGCUCCAUCCCCAGUCAACAGCCACAUGUCCACCCACUCCGUAUACGGUUCCCAGUCGCCAUAUAUGUGCUACAGCCAGGAGUCCAGAUAUGACCCAAAAAUAAUGUCCAUGGAGACCAAGUCUGAAUAUGGUCUUCCAUUAGGUGGUUGCAACUAUAACCCACAGCCACGGGGGUGGAGACAACAACCGUGAGAGCCAGUGUGACAAUUCUGUGGGUUUUCAUUGCUUAUGUUAGUGAUCCUUUGUAGGGUUCUUUACUUCUUAAAUAGACUUAAAUCCACUUUUAGUCCUGUGUGGCUUUCACGGAUCAUUUACCUGAGUGCACAUGUGUGUAAACACACAAGUGUGGAGCACUUCCUUGUUUCCUGAUGCCUGAGGAACUGCUUGGAAGCCUAGAGUCACUGUGAGCAGGGUGUGGUGGAACACACCCAAUAAUGAGGCAAGGCAGAACACGAGGAAUUCAAGAUAAUCCUCAGGCACAUAGUUUGAAGCCAGCCUAGGGUACAUAAGUGUCUGUCUCAAAACAAACAAACAAACAAACAAACAACAAAGAAAAGCUCUUGCAUUGAUGUUUUAGCAUUUAUAUAUAGUUCAAAAAUCUUAAUUCCAUCUACAAGGAGUCCCAUGUAAGUCAAGUUCACAAAAUUAAACUGAAUGCAACAUUUUCUUCUCCAUGCUUUAGUCCAAUAAGGAAUUAUUAGGAUAUGGUAUAUUAAUUACCAGUAGUUCUAACAGCAAGGGAUAUAAAAUUAUCUUUUAUUAGUUUUUAAGUUAGCAUACAAAGGAAGGGGUUUCAUUUUGUCAUGUUUAUAUGCAUGGACCAUUAUGCUUUGCUCCAUCCACUUGUCAGCCCAUUGCCCUUCCCCAUGCCACCAGCCUUUCCUCUGACUAGUCCCCACCCUUCCUAUCAGGAUAAAUUCCGAAGGAGAGCCUGACACGAAGCAUAAUAAUUACACAGAAAAGAGUCUCCUUGGCAUCGUUUCAAAUAUUUCUCCAAAACAUUUUUUAGGUGCAGGUCAAGUGUUUUAGAAGGCUUGAAACGAGAUGUUCCAUUUGCGACAGUGCUUUGCCAUGUAGCCCUGGCUGCCUUGAUGCUCCUUUUGUAGCCCAGGCUAUGCUCAAACCCAUAUCUUGUCUCAGCCUAUCAAGUGCUGGGAUUUCAGGUGGGCAGCAUUGUGCCUGGCUGAAAUGGGGAUGUUCUUAGACAGGGAUCUGUCAGAGUCAGGGAACUGCCCAACUCAGAUGGACUUCGGAGGAAACAGUACAAUAGAUGGGAAGCACAAAUCUAGGCAUUGGAUUGAUUUCCAAUCUAUUUAAAGCCAACAGCCUGAGACAGGAAGACUUGAGUUCAAUUGUUCUCAUUUGUCAGAUGAGAAGGCUGGGUUGUCUCAUUGCUUAGGUUCUUAACAAUUCUGAUAUUGUGAGAUUCUCUCGGUAGACUGACCUUUGAUGUCUUGCUCAUCACAUAAGUAUCAGAUUACCUUUAGGAGUGGAUGAGGUCAUUAGUGCCAUGAAAUGCGUCACCAAAGGUCCCAAAAGGAAUUUCUAAGUGGCGGGUUUUGUGUUAUGUGGAGUGAGGGAUGAUGUAAAGAUAAAAUAUUAGUGGAUCUAAGGAAGUGGUGGAUGAAGAUGCCUGUCAUUACCCAACUGUUGUUCAUGACCACUUACUUGGUUACAGAAAACAUGCUGGAGAAGCAUACACAAGGGCUGCUUCUAGGAUGUUCGGAGGAAGUUAGAUGGCUGACUCACCUCUCCUGUAACCCAUGCUUUGUAAGCAUGACCAGGAGGCAGGCUGAACAGCUGAUCCUCACUGCCAUGCCCACAAAGGGUUAAACACUAGGGCGUUCAGAGUACUCCAUAUCAUCAUCAAGUUUACCAGGAUGUUUUUUAAUUGAAAAAUUCCUGAAUAUUUAAUAUCUUCUUGUCUCUCAAAAAAAAAAAAAAAAAAGGAAAAUUGUGCUUAGUUUUCCUUCCUGACUCUACCUUCAUCUUCUCAUUGUGAUGAUACCUUUCACAGAAUAAAAAUGAGCCAUGAGGAUGCAGACAGUCUCUUAUCUUAGAAGUUUUUAAAAACUUUGAAGAAACCACAGUAAGUUCUAAAGGUGGUGUGAGUGGCCAGAUACUUAUUUGUUCAAUUAGGUGGCAAGAAAAUGGAUGACUGCUUCCAAAAUUUGAUUGCUAGCCAGGUAUGGCUCCAUCAUAUGCCUGCCCCAGACUCUGGGGAUGAAGAAAAGGGACUGGCAAAAAUUCCAGGCCAGUCUGGGAUAUAAGUGAGACCAUGUCUCAAACAAACAAACAAAAAACCAAAACAAUCAAAAAAACAACAGCAACAAUAACAACAACAAACACACAUACACAAAAAAACCCAACAGCAAAAGUUUCACUGUUAAUUUAUAUAAAAUUGAUAUAAUGUUAAUUCCCUUAAAGUAUAAAAUAUCAUUAUUGUCACCUAUGAGUUUUUUUUUUAAAUCUUAAAAGAAUAACGUCAGGCUAGUAGAGUCUUAAGAAUCCUGCACAUCUGAUCUUUAUCAGGUUCAAAUUAAUCACAGUGUUUGAGUCAUUCUGGAUUAGGCUGUUUCAAGAACUUGGGACUUAACAGAAAAGAUGUUAUUUAUUGGGUCCACAUUCUAUCCUGCUACAUUCUUUUGUAAAGCCCUAGGCUUUAUUUCCAGCUGAUUCACAUCACACUCUUUGCUAAGACUCACUAGACUCAAAAGAAGAAGAUGUUGUAGAUAUUAUGUUAUUAUAAAAAGCGUUCACUCGCUGCUUGCACCACACCAAAACUAGCAUUUGCACUGCACUAUCUGAACUUAUCCUAUGCAACAGACAGGCUUCACAUUCUGUUCCUGAGAACACGAGUGUCUUCAUCAGUCAGUGAUGCUUCAACAAGUCAAACUAUGUAGAUAACUUUGCAAAGCAAGAAUGCCACUGCAAAUCAGUACCAGGUCCACUGUGGGAUUUCCCUCUAGUUGGCUAAAAAGUGAUACAGUUCCAUCACUGACAUUCAGCCACCCUGAGAUCCAGGCUCUUACAGUUGGGAAGAUGUUGAUAACUACUGGUGUAACAAGACUAAAAUGAGUGGGUCUCAUUUUCCAAAUAAUAGUGCUUGUACAGAAGAGCUGUGGCUUUGAAAGGAAUGCCCACAUUUGUUGCAAGACACAUUUCAAUCUCCAGAAGCUACAUAGUGUUUUACUAAACCUGCUCUAAAGGGUGAGCAUGCCAAUCAUAGAGACAUUAAUACAGCAUUUCCUCCCAGUGAAUUUGAACACUGUAUCAUUGCAUGGGUGUGGAGCAUUAGUUAGUAGGUGAUUUAAACUUGAACUCUGAGUGUGAUGGUGGCAUAGAUCCUUGUCCCCUUGUUUUAUGAGGAUGUCUCAUGUUUGACAGCAUCAUGCACCCUGAAGAGCAUACACUUAUUAGGGUUUAAUCAUAGAUAUGUAUGUGUACUAAUGACUUAAAACUUUGGAUAAAUAAAUGUAUCAAUUAGGGACAUUAAUUGCAAGAAUGUUUCUUUAAAAGAUUUUCACACUUCAUUUCUAUUCAAAGCAGAAGUAACUGCUACACAGUUCAUACUUUGCUAUCAAAAAGAAAUCUGUUCUCUGGCUAAUUAGAUUGUCAUUUCUAUUUUUCUCUGGCCCCAAAGACUGUAUGUGAAUGACUUGGACUGAAAAUCCAAACAA